GCCCGCGGUGCGUUUCUGGUGCUUCGGCCGACUACGCGCAGGUUGUCGCAAGUGGGGGAGACGGUGGGGGGUGAUGGACUGGAGACCCUGAGGCGGGUGGCGGUCAGGGAGGGUUCGAUUGCAGGCGGGUGUUUGGGGAAGGGGGACCCUGCGGCGGGCAGCGGUUAACGGGGGUUGGGUUGCAGCGGUGCGGUCGGGGGGAGUCAGCGAGGGUUGUCUCGCCAGGGUGAUCGACAUGGGGAGGGCACAGCGCCAUCAGCAUGAGGCUGCCGUGGACCAUGUGCAUGUCACAUUCAGGGCCCGCUCCCCUGUCUAUCGGUACCUGGUUGUUGGCCAGAAGGUCGACAACAAGGGGGUCAUGAUGCUCUGUUGCACGUUUUGCAACAAAGUUUUCCAAGGGACCCAAUUUCAGGCCACGAGGCACUUCUCGCAGACAAACUACUGCAAGGACAUCAGCGACGAGGCGUUGUACGAGAUCGCUCGACGGAGUCAACAGAAGUUCGAGGCCGAUCAAAUGGAGAGGGUUGCCAGGUAUGCAGCGGAGCACGGACGCGAUGUGCCCGACACGGGUUGUGCAAGGGGAGGAGAGGCGGGGCGGCGUCCGGUGGAGGGAGGGGUCGGGGGAGAUGGUUGGCAUGGUGCGCCUGACCCCACUUUGGGUGGUGGAGGCGGUGAGACAGAGGAGGGCGUGAUCCACGUCGAUCGCAAGGCGCGUGGCCCGAGCGAGGAGGGAGUCCCGGAACAGGAGGACGUGCCAGACGGGGUCUCCUUCAAUGCCUUCCGCAACCAGGCUUGGAAGGCAUAUCAACAGGUGCUUCUUGAGCAGCCUGGCAGUUCCCCGCGCGCUGUGCUUCCCAACCACAGCGAGAUUGCGAGUAUGCGGGCGGUGGAGACCCACCGUGCGGAGUUGGCGGAGGAGUUGGAGGAGGUGAGGCAGCCAUUCUGGGUGAUCGGUGCCACCCUCCUCUCCGAUGGGAGGAAAUCACGAGACAGGAGACCGAUCGUGAAUUUCCUUGCUGCUGGCUCGCGAGGGGUCGUCGUGUACACGACGAUCAAUCGAGAGGGCGAGGCGGACGAUGCAGUGCACAGGGUGGCCACCAUCGUCCAUAUCAUGCAGCCCGUCAUAAAGUUGCUUAGGAGGAUGGAUUGUGGAGGACAGUACAUGUCCCUCAUGAUCGAGUGGACGCAGGAUCUUGUCCGCCGUGUCACGGACGCAUGCGCCCCUUUGGGGAAGUCGUUUGCCAACCGGAUCAUCAGGCGUGUGCAGGCUCGCACACAGCACAUGCUUGAGCCGGCUCACUGCGGAGGGUUCUUACUGAAACCCCGCAGACGACACGUUCGCUACUUUUCGGGCCAGGUAGAUCGGUACGAUGCUUGGCUUGUGGGGCAAGCCAAGAGGUACAUUCUGACGCAGAUGGGAUUCGAGUUGGAGGGUGCGGAGUACAUCCUUGCAUGUCGGGAGUUUGAGGAUUUCCACAUUCAGCAGGGCAAGUUCGGGGAUUGGGGCAGGCCGGAGGGGCGUGCUCGUGGGCGCGCGUGCAGCGGCGACAGCGAGAGGAUUGAGUGCACGUCUUGGUGGUCUCAGUUCGGGUCGGGCGCGCCAGAGUUGCAGCGUUGCACUCUUCGGGUGAUGCACAUGUGGUCUUGCGCCUCUCCAGCGGAGAGGAACUGGGCAGUCCACGAGGGCAUUCACACGAAGAAGUGCAACCAGUUGGCCUUCGAGAAGGUCGUUCAACUCGUUGAGAUCAACGCAAAUGUGCGGUUGACUGAGUAUCGGCGGGCUGGAUACGGACUCGAGUUGGAGCCUGUGUGCUCGGGGACUCGCAGGGGGAUGACGGAGGAGGAGAUUGCCCGUCAGGUUGCACUCAUUACCUGGGAUCCCAUCGGGGCAUCCGCACCACCCUCUUCUGAUGCCGUUUUCGAUAGACGUGCUUGCAUUUUUCGUCCCUACCCCAGGGAGGACGACUCAGACGAGGAGACGGUACCCGAGGCGGCAGAUGACCCUGCGCUCCGCAUUCCCCGCGAGAUCGAAGAGACGCACGAGGAUCCCGACUCCAAGGAGACAAGGGCACACUGCACGACGGGCGGCAGACUAGGCGGAGAGGGAGAUGCUGGGGGGAGAGGAGGAGUUUUGGGGCCCAUUCGGGAGGAGUUGGGGUCCUCUUUGCCUGAGCACGGACUUCUCCACAGAGGCGGGGCAGUCCGCCAGCUGAGGUUACGAUCACCUUCCCCCGGGAUAUUGCAGGAGGAGGGGGCACCGUCGGCAGCAACAGUGGAGAGUUCGGUGGCACCAGCGGCGGUGCCGGACGCGACGAUCGCAGCAACGGUGGAGGAGAUAGCAGCAGCAGCAGCAGCAGCAGUGCUGGAGGAGAUGGCAGCAUCAGUGCUGGAGGAGGAUCCACCAGCGGCAGGAGGAGGUGCAGGAGUGGAGGGGCAGGUAGCAGAAGGAGGAGGAGCAAGUGGAGGAGCAGCAGCAGUGGUGGUUGAGGUGGCAGCAGCAGCGGAGGAGGAGGAGGCACCGUCGGCAGCUGCAGUGGAGGGGGAGGUACCAGGACCAGUGGAGGAGGAGAUAGCUGCACAGGCCGAGGUGCAGCGUGGGGGCGAUGACGAGCGCCUCAUGCAACAAUUCCUCACGGAGGAGCUCGAUCCGGUCAUAGCGGAGGAGGCCAGGCGUCGAGAGAUAGAGGGGGAUUGUGUGCAGGGUGGGGUGGUGGCGGGGGAGGACGUUGCGAAGGAAGUGGCAGCAGAGCCGGUACCCGAGGCUAUGCCGGGUGAAGAAGAGGCAGCGGACGUUGCUGUGGAGGGACGGCCUCAGGCGGUGGAUGAGGGUGUGCAGGCAGGACAGCGGCAAGUCAAGGGGGCUAUAGACGCACGGCGCGAGGUCCAGGAGACAGCAACGGGUCCAGUCAUUUCGUUCUCGGGCCUGCACUUGACUCAGGCCCGACAGUCGCAGGCGGUUUAGAUGGCAGUGCAUGGUGUGCCACCGCCCGUUAUCACGGAUUUGGGGUCCGA